AUGCCCUCUGGUAACGCCGAUUCAUCUCUUCUAUCCUCUAACCCCGAAAGUAUUGACCUUGGGGUCGAUCCUACAACCCUUCUAACCGCCCAUAUCCUCGACCGACCCUCCUCUCUCGACGAGCUUUGGGAUUAUCUCGACGUACUCAAAACAAAGCUUGUGUCAGAGGACCCUAGCUCGCAAUACCUUUUGGUACAACGGAUCCCGGACGAUCUUUUUUCGGCCCUUAUUGAACACCCUGACGUUCCAAAAGGGGUGCGCGCAACAAUUCUCUACCACGAACAUAUGAUCUUAUAUAAGAUCAUACCGUACCACUACCAUGAGGAAAUCAGCCGUCAAUUUGAUACCUGGAUUAACUAUGCUCUUAGUAAUAUGGGGUUAAGCUUCAUCAACCAUGAUUUUUGGCUUGGACGGGCUGGACGAUCGACUGGUCGUAUGUGCAGUAAGGAGGCAGACGCAGCGUUUUUCCCUGGAAUGGCACCGGCCGCCGGGGCACCUAUACCAUGGCCCUCUCUUGUGCUAGAGGUCGGCCUAUCCGAGUCUAUCCCUCAGCUACAGAUGGAUGCCCGCUGGUGGUACUCCAACUCGGACCACCAAACCCAGCUUGUGGUCCUUGUCUCCGCCAACCCUAGGUCUCACGAUGCAGACAUCGAGAUUUGGACCCCAGUUGUCAACCGAACAGUUGGGGCUACUACCAGUGGCCAGCAUACUCACGUCCUGGAGUGUACCCAGUCGGCUAGGCUGAGGAACGGAGUGGUAUCUGGUGAUGCACUGGAAAUCAAUUUCCAGACUUUGAUGGGACGGCCGUCACAGAACCCGCAAGAAAUAGAUUUACAGCUUACUCCGCUGUGGAUACAGGCGAUCUGUCGGUAG